AUGUUUGGACCCGUCAUAAACUUCGCGCGGUAAAAUGCUAAGUGUAAUCUGCCAAACCUAUCUAACAGCAUAUUAAAAACAACUUUAAAAUAAGUGCUAAGCAUAAUAGUAUUUUUUACUAUAACAGAUCAAAAAUGCCACCCAAAUCUAAAGUUAAAAAAAGUAUUUCAAAACCAAAAAAAACUGAUCCUAAAGGAAUGAUCCAGUCACUGCCAUCAGGUCUUGUUCUUACGGAUCUUAUUAAGAAUACUUGGAAACUUGGACCAAAAAUUGGUCAAGGAGGUUUUGGCUUUAUUUAUUCUGGUGCUCAAAUGACUUCUAAAAAUGUCUCGCAUGCUAGCAAUUCUGAAUAUGUAAUCAAAGUAGAACCUCAUGCAAACGGGCCACUGUAUGGAGAAAUUGCUUUUUAUCAGCGCGUUGCAAAAGUCGAGUACAUUGAUGAAUGGCUAAAAUCUAAAGAGAAAAUGUUUGUGGGAAUCCCACGUUAUAUUGCAACUGGUUCUUUUGAUUAUGAUAGUAUAAAAUAUAGGUUUUUAGUUAUGGAACGAUUUGGAACAGACAUAGAAAAAGUUUUUAAACAAUGUAAUAUGAAGUUUCCUGAAAAGACCGUUUGUUCUCUCGCACUUCGAAUUAUAGAAGCAUUAGAAUAUAUCCACAGCAAAGAGUAUGUUCAUGCUGAUAUCAAAUCUUCAAAUUUAAUGCUUGGUUGGAAAAAAUCGACUGAAAAACAAGUUUAUUUGUUGGACUAUGGACUGGCUUACAGGUAUGCUCCUGAUGGCAAACAUGUUAUGUAUAAAGAAGAUCCUAAACGAAAACAUGAUGGUACAAUUGAAUACACAAGUCGAGAUGCUCACCGAGGUUGUGCACCAUCUCGUAAAGGUGACUUAGAAAUUCUGGGGUAUUGUAUGGUUCAAUGGUUAUGUAGUAGGUUGCCAUGGGAAGAUAAUUUAAAGGAUAAAAACUUUGUUAUGGAAGAAAAAAUAAAAUACAUGAAUGAUAUACCUAGCUUUAUAAAGAAAUGUUUUCCAAAUGAAAAACCAGUUUAUCUUCAAGAUUAUUUAAAAAUUAUCGCUAACAUGAAAUAUGAUGAGCAACCUGAUUAUCAGAAAAUCAAAGACUUAUUUGUUGCUGCUUUAAAAAAAUUAAACAUUGUUGAUGAUGGAGUUUCUAUUCAAUUGCCAAUAGCGAUUUCUGCACAAAAGAAACGCCAAAGUAUGACUGAAGACAAAAGUCCUAAUAAAAAGAAGAAAAUCAGUGAUGAUUCAAAAGAUGUUGCAGAAAUUAAAUCAGUGGCACGUCUUGCACGCAGUCCUCUCAAAGAUAACAAUGAUUUUAAAAAAACAAAAGCAUAUAAAAGAAAACUUGCGACUGAUUCCAGUCCAGCUGAUCCUGCAUGUUUAACUUACGAUUCACAUUUGCCUAUAAAUCAAAAUGAUAUUUCUUCGUUAAAACAUUCCGAUUUGUUUACAAUAUCCGGUCACACCGUAACAAGAAAACCCGUAUUGGAAAAUAUGACGCGGAAGCCUAUUGUAAAAGAGACUUAUAAAAUGAGAAAUAAAGAACAAACUGACUUGAACGGAGCUGAAAAAAGAGUUAAUCUUAGGCCUAGAAAAAGAAAUGUACCCACACGAGACUUUGGGCAGUCACCAUAAGAUUUAAUUGGUUGGUUUAAAAAGUUCAUUUCUUUUCCAAUCCUUCUUCGUCAAAUAAAUUUUUGUUAUUCGCAGUGAAGUUAUAAUAAAAGAAUAAUGUGAAGUUAUGAUAAAAGAAUAAUUUAUUUUUUAUUUUACGAAAUUAUGCUGAUUAUUUCAUUUUAAAAACGAUUUUGUGGGGAGCUUUUAUUUAAAAUGUUAAAAGGUGUUUAAUUAUCUUUAUAUUAACGGCCAAAAUUACAAAGUCAUCAUCAAAGAUAUAAUUUAAAUAAAUUUGAUAAAAGCAAUAUAAUUCAGUUACUAA